CCAAGGGAUGAUGCUAAAACCAAUCUACAUUCUCCCGAGAAUUCCAAUUUCACAGUCGAAACCCCGACCCUCUCUGAGAUUUUGAAAAUGGACAUUGCUGCUCGAACAUCAAUGCUGAAAAGGCGGAUAAGUUGCAUAGAGAAUAUCAACACAUUACCUCGUGAUGAGAGUUUAUGGUUGUUUGCUCCUUGUGUGGCAGUCGAUUGGCCACUUGAUGCUGGCACAAGCGCAACGCUCAGAAGAAACACAAGCGAAGGCGGCAUGGAUCUUCAGAGCUUGGUGUUGAUCCUGCAGGGUGCACUCAGCCCCAAUCCUAGUGAACGGAAAGCUGCUGAAGAAAGUCUGAAUCAGUUUCAGUACGUGCCCCAACAUUUGGUGAGGCUUUUGCAGAUAAUAGUAGAAGGGAGUUGCGAUAUGGCAGUUAGACAGGUGGCGAGCAUUUCUUUCAAGAAUUUUAUUGCCAAAAACUGGGAGCCUCAUGAUCCGGAUGAAAAAUCAAAGAUCUUACCUGAGGACAAGGAAGUAGUGAGACAGAACAUUCUCAAUUUUGUGGAGCAAGUUCCCCCACUUUUGAGAUCACAGCUAGGUGAAUGCUUGAAAACGAUUAUACAUGCAGAUUACCCAGAGCAGUGGCCAACUCUAUUACAUUGGGUGAAGCACAAUUUGCAGGACCAGAAAGUUUAUGGAGCUUUAUUUGUCCUCAGGAUCCUUUCUAGAAAAUACGAGUUUAAGUCAGAUGACGAAAGAAUACCCGUUAAUCACAUUGUUGCUGAAACAUUUCCGCCUCUGCUUAACAUUUUUAACCGGCUUGUUCAGAUUGCAAAUCCUUCAAUUGAAAUAGCAGAUUUGAUAAAGCUGAUUUGCAAAGUUUUCUGGUCAUCUAUCUAUCUGGAGAUUCCAAAGCAAUUGUUUGACCCAAAUGUAUUCAAUGCCUGGAUGAUUCUUUUCCUGAAUAUAUUGGAGAGGCCUGUCCCUGUAGAAGGACAACCUGAUGAUCCUGAACUGAGAAAUUCAUGGGGUUGGUGGAAAGUUAAGAAGUGGACAGCCCACAUAUUAAACCGCCUUUAUACUCGGUUUGGGGAUGUAAAGCUUCAAAACCCGGAUAGCAAAGCUUUUGCCCAAAUGUUCCAGAAGAAUUACGCAGGGAAGAUUUUGGAGUGCCAUAUAAAUUUGUUGAAUGUGAUUCGUGUUGGUGGCUAUUUGCCUGACCGAGUAAUUAAUCUUAUUCUGCAGUACCUAAGUAAUAGUAUCUCAAAAAGUAAUAUGUACAGUCAGCUGCAACCAAGGUUGGAUGUUGUUCUUUUUGAGAUCAUCUUUCCGCUUAUGUGCUUCAAUGACAAUGAUCAACGGCUUUGGAACGAAGACCCACAUGAAUAUGUGAGGAAGGGUUAUGACAUAAUUGAGGAUUUGUAUAGCCCAAGAACUGCAGCAAUGGAUUUUGUGAGUGAGCUUGUCAGGAAACGGAAGGAGAAUCUCCAAAAGUUCUUAUUGUUUAUAGUUGAGGUAUUUCAGAGGUAUGACGAAGCAGCAGCCGAAUAUAAGCCUUAUAGACAGAAAGAUGGUGCACUUCUUGCCAUCGGAACAUUGUGUGAUAAAUUAAAGCAGACUGAACCUUACAAGUCUGAGCUGGAACGCAUGCUUGUACAACAUGUGUUCCCUGAGUUCCACAGUCCUGUGGGGCAUCUUAGAGCUAAGGCAGCUUGGGUUGCAGGGCAAUAUGCACAUAUUAAUUUCUCUGAUCCAAAUAACUUCCGAGGAGCAUUGCACAGUGUUGUUACUGGGAUGCGUGACCUAGAACUUCCUGUUCGUGUUGAUUCUGUCUUUGCUUUGCGAUCAUUUGUGGAAGCCUGCAAUGAUUUGGGUGAAAUCAGACCAAUUCUACCACAACUACUUGAUGAGAUUUUUAAACUUAUGAACGAAGUGGAGAAUGAAGAUCUUGUGUUUACUCUGGAGACAAUAGUGGACAAGUUUGGAGAGGAGAUGUCUCCAUAUGCUCUUGGAUUGUGCCAGAAUUUGGCUGCAGCAUUUUGGAAGUGCAUGAAUACUGCUGAAGCUGACGAGGAAGGUGAUGAUCCUGGUGCAUUAGCUGCGGUUGGUUGUUUGCGUGCUAUAAGCACUAUCCUUGAGUCAGUAAACAGACUGCCCCAUCUAUUUGCACAUAUUGAGCCAACUUUAUUGCCGAUAAUGUCCAGGAUGUUGACUGCAGAUGGACAAGAGGUUUUUGAGGAAGUUUUGGAGAUGGUCUCGUAUAUGACAUUCUUCUCACCUACCAUAUCACUGGAAAUGUGGAGCCUUUGGCCAUUAAUGAUGGAAGCUCUGGCUGAUUGGGCAAUUGACUUUUUUCCAAAUAUCUUGGUGCCUUUAGAUAACUAUAUAUCCAGAAGCACUGCGCAUUUUCUUACUUGCAAGGAGCCAGAUUAUCAGCAAAGCCUUUGGAACAUGAUUUCGUCUGUCAUGGGUGACAAAAAUCUGGAGGAUGGUGAUAUUGAGCCGGCACCUAAGUUAAUUCAAGUGGUAUUCCAAAACUGUCGUGGACAGGUUGAUCACUGGGUUGAGCCGUACUUGAGAAUCACUAUGGAGCGUUUGCAUCACACUGAGAGGCCUUAUUUAAAAUGCCUCUUGAUGGAAGUGGUUGCUGAUGCUCUGUAUUACAAUGCAUCAUUGACACUCAACAUAUUGCAAAAGCUUAAUGUCACAACAGAAGUUUUCAACCUUUGGUUCCAGAUGUUGCAGCAAACUAAAAAGAGUGGUAAACGUGCCAACUUCAAAAGGGAACAAGAUAAAAAGGUAUGCUGCUUGGGCUUGACAUCAUUGCUCCCCCUCUCUGCUGAUCAGCUGCCAGGAGAAGCAUUGGAGCAUGUUUUCAAGUCCACUCUUGACUUGCUUGUCGCCUAUAAGGAUCAAUUGAUAGAUAAAGAUUUUGCUUCUUGGGCCAAGGCUUUCCAUACCAGUGAAUUUGAUGACGAGGACUUAGAUGACGACGAUUGGAGUGAUGAUGAAGAGUUGCAAUCACCCAUCGACGAUAUUGAUCCAUUUAUUUUCUUUGUGGACACUAUUAAAACUCUGCAAGCAUCCGAUCCAAUGAGGUUCCAGAAGCUGACGCAGACACUUGAUUUUCAUUAUCAAGCUCUUGCCAAUGGUGUUGCCCAGCAUGCUGAACAGAGAAGAGUGGAGAUUGAAAAGGAUAAAUUAUCCAAGGCCUCUCAACCAGCUGUAGCAGCUGCCUCAUGAUUUUCAAAUUCUUUGGUUUGUCAGAAUGUGAAAAGAGAAUGGUAUUUGUUUGGUGUGUGGGUCGAGCCAAUUGUUCUUUGGUGGUCAGUUGGUAUAUAUGGUUGUGCAGUUCCCAGCACAUUUUUGUCCGAAGAUGGCCAUUUCAAUCCGGCCUGAUUGAUUACUCAGGUACAGGUUUGGUUCUUCUACAUCAGAAGAUUCCAAUCGAGUCUUUGCAGGUUUAGUUCUGCAGUUG